UCUAUCUGGGGUUAAAUGUUAUAGUUAAAAGUGAUAAAGAAAAAGUAUAAGGAAAUUUGUAUGCACUUGUAUAUAUAUAUAUAUACACACAGACAAAAAUGUGUACAGAGAGGGAGACCAGAUUUAACUACAGCAUGCUUUGAGCAGAGGAUAAGUGAGGAGGGGGAAAGAGCAAGUGCUUUAGAGACGGAGAGAGGGAGUGAGAGAGCAUAUGUGCAGUAGGGUGGGAGGGUUGGCGAGAGAGAGAAUGAGAGAGGCUGGACGAGCGGGUGGGUGCUGUGAAAUCUGUUAACAGGGGAGCUCUGUGCAUUUGUGAGACAUCUUGGCUGCAUGCCCAACUUGGCUCAUUGUAAUCGAGGCAUGAUCGUCGACUCCAGGCAGCCCUCCCCGCCGCCUCGGCAGCCUCGCGCCUGGACUCAGCCCAGCUCUCCCCGCUGACAUGGAAAGACCCAGCCCCAGUGACAUGACUCCCAAGAGGGAUCAUGGCAGGGACGUGGAGCUGGACAAGAAGAUUGAGGCUCUCCGCAGGAAGAAUGAGACGCUCAUGAAGAGGUACAAGGAGGUGGAGGAAGACAAGAAAAGGGCAGAGGACGACGGAAUGGCGCUGCAGAGCCGCAAGGGCAAAGCUGAGGAUCUCACCAUCACGAUCAACAAGUCCACCAGUGAUAGUCGUGUGGUGGUGACAAAGCCAUUCACCGGUGGUUCACCAGCUGGUAAAGGACAGCAGGAGGCCGGUUCUGACAGGGGGGGAGAGGGCCCCUCACAGAGUGCUGCCCAGGGCCACAGGAAGCAGUUAACAGUCACCAUGGCAGGAAAAACGGGUAAGAGGGUGGUGAGUGAGAGGCCUGAGAAGAGGCCGGACACCGCAGACGUCAAGAGCCCUACGGAAGAUGGACCGCAGAGGGGCGUGGAGUCAGCUGGGAGGGGGAAGCAACCACCUCACACGAACAAGAGAAGCCCAUCAGCAAUACAGGAGCCAUACAGCCCUCUUGCCAGCACAGACCUGGACAUCCCCACACAGAAAGAAGAGCAGGAGGAGUAUAUGAGGUGGAGGAAAGAGCGUGAGCAGAUCGACAAGGAGAGAGUGGCUCGGCAUAAAAACGCAAAGGGCCAGUGGAGAAGGGCCUGGGACGUGGACAAGACUGAGAACAUGUUUUCAGACAAAUCCCUGCCUGAGAAAGACUGGGGGACUUGUAGCAGAGGUGGACGAAGUGCGAAAAGAGGACAACCCAGGGCAAAUGUGGACCCAAGAGGACGUGAGAAGCGAGGAAAAGACAAGGUAGCUAAAAAGGUGCCGGUGAUGAGCAGUAAAGCUAAAGGCAAAGAUCGCCUGACUGGGAGGGCCAGGAGAUGGCUGGCCGGUGAAGAGGGAGAGAACCUACAGAUGUCUGAUACAACAUUGGAGGAAUUCCUGGAGGAACUUGAUGCCCUCACAGAUGUUGACGUGGAUGAUCAAACAGGUCAGGACACAAAAACGAAGCUGUCGCCCAGCUCAGAUCUGCAGAGCGUGUCUGAGGAAGUGAGUGGAUCCGCAGCAUCCGUGUCCGCUGCUACGUUGAGAGAGGAUGCCUCCUCUCAGGGGCGCCCAGAGGCCCUGUCUCCCCAGAGUUCAGAGAAGAAAGUACGCUUCUCGGAGGAGCUCAUCCAGGGAUCUCGUACGAGGCAAACCGAAGGCUCUCAGGACUCUGCCAGCUCGGAAUCGAACUUAAAAGCUUCAUCUCCUAAAAAGAACAAUCAGGAAGUGCAAGGGCCACAGCAACCUUUUGAAAGUUCCAAGCAGGAUGACGGAAGUCCUCAGGAUCAGGGCGAUGAUCUGUCUGCUCCUCCUGUCGCUCAGCGGGAGUCUCAUGAAAUUGAUUGCACUAAAAAUGACAUCAACCCCCCCACAUCUCCCAACUUGCCCCCUGCCGAAAAAGCCUGUGCCUCUCCAGAGAAGGCCUCUCUCCAGCCUGUAGAGCUUGCUAAGUGCAAUAUCAGCAACACAAACACAGAGGAGCUUAUAGACUCUGGUCUGUCUGUCCUGAGCCUGGAGUCAGGAGAAACCUACCCAACGCAUUGUACCAGCAGCGACAAGGCGAGAGAACACGGGAAGAUUGUCUGACCGACAUUUUCAGGAUGGAAACACCGAAACCAAAACCCAGCCACACAGAGCGACACAAAGCUCUCGUGUCUUUGUAUUCGGAUGCUUCAUUUCGCUUCAGGUUGCUCUUUUUCGAGUUGUCAAGUUUACGGCUCACACGAGAAACCGUGGUUAGUCAUUUUGCUUUGGUGCGUGGCCUCCCAUCGAAGUUCUCUAACCUCUGAGGUUUGACACAGGAAUGCUGAGUCGUUUCCCUGCUCAAAUAUUUUUGGAUCGAAGCACUUUAUGAACAUAAAAGUAUGUGUCCUGACACCCUAAACAGUAUGUUGGUAUGCUGCUCAAGUGCAAUAUCACUCAAUGUUUACAUGCGGAUGAACAUUUCAAGGUACACAUCAGGAGGCUAUCUGAUCUGUUCCUUGUAGUUACCCCUUUGAAAAGAAAACUUCAGCCACACUUAUGUUGUCUAGUGCCUGAAUCUGCCUUAGAGGUAAUUUCAAUAAUUGGAUAAAGUCUGUAUCACAGUGUAUGAUGAUGCAGUCUUGACAGACCUACAGAGUAGAGUCUGUGUAUCUACACUCACAUCUGAGUGAGUGGAAACUAUUUGUUUACGGCUUCCAGCAUGGGUCAAUGUCCUUACCUGGAUUUAGAAAUCAAUAUAUUAUUGAAGGUCACAUUUAAGACUUAUUGUCUUAUUGGCCUCUGACCAAGACACUGGUAAGUUUCCAAAAUAUUACCACUGGCUGUGGUAUUUGCUUUUAAGGAAAUUAAAAAGGGAAGUCCACUGAUUUUACUUGAGGGGCAUAGUUUUGUCCUCUGUGUUAGUGCGACACAGUGUGAAAAGAGUUGCCACACGCCUUCUGUGGCUCGGGAGGUGGAAAUCUGAGCUAGAAAACCCCCCAUGAUGUCAUAGAUAAGUUUGUCUCAGUUUGAAAAAUCAUAAUUUAGGACUAAAAGUCAAGCCUCUACAGCACAGGUUCAGACUGUUCUUUACCCAAACUUUAUAGAAGUACAGGUCUGAAACUUUGCUGUAUUCUUUUAAUAGUACGUAUCCAAUAAUGCUGUUAUAAAUGAUCAGCUGGUAGUUACCAGACUAAAAGUUUGAAGUUUUAAAAUCAGUCUUCCCAGGUGAUCAAUAACACUGUAGAAUAAAAACCUCAAACUUGCCCUUAAACACAUUGCUAGUGUUUCUUAAAGUCAGCACAGUGUCACAGCUGAAUCCCAAUCAUCUGUCCUUCCCUUCAAAUGUAAUGUUUUAUACACUUAAUGCAAUUAUAACAUACGAUUUACAAAUGUAAACAACAACUCUGCACAAACGUGAAAGUCAAAGUUGUGAAUCAAAAUCUAAUUUUGAAUAUUUUGCUCAAGUUGUUUUUAGUCUUGGAGCAGAAGAGUGGAACAGAGUCAGGCUCCCCCCCCACGGACAGACUUGUUCUACUGAGAGAACAUUAUCCAGGUCCAUUAGGAUUUAGCCUUAGUCCACAGACACCCUGGAUUCAGCUGUAAUUCCCUUCUGACACUGUUCUGCCACUUGGUCUCUUUUAUAAUCAUGAAAACAACUAAUAUUUUUUAAAGGGUUUAGCCCGCUGUCGUGCCUUGCAUAUCGGCUUCUUAAAUACUGAAGGUAUUUCAAGGUUUGUAUCAUAACAUACUGUAGUGUUAAAUGUACUGUAGUAACAGUGCAGCGUCAGUAUUGAUUUUAUUUAUUUGCCUCUCCCAGCGGACAAGAGAAUGUUAUAACUAGAAUGAUUGUUGCAAAUCUAAAACUGUAUGUGCAUUAUAGUGGCUGUUUUUAUUGCCUGUGACAUGUAUGGAUUUGUUUUUGUUUAUAGCCAGUCUACUGUUGUGUGUUUGGUAUCAGUGAUAGUAAGGAGCCUCACAAGAACUCUGUCCUCCAAGAAGGUUUUUGGCGUUAGUCAAUGCUUCAGUUUAGUCAACGGUUAUGUAACCGAAAGUAGACGAGAUAGUGGAUAUGCUCUGAGCUGCUGGGUCCUGUCAGCCUCAACUGUGGUUACAUAAAAUACAAAUAGUCCAGAAUGAAGUAGAAGCACACUGGGAAAACGAAGAGACACGCUGCGAUGAAAUAUGCUGUUUUUGAGUCGGGGCUUUAUUCUGUAUUAUAUAUGGAAUUUAAAUCAGAGGUAAAAGAAAUAAGUUUAAAAAGCAGGUUGUAAAAUGAGCUCUGGAAUAUAUAAAGAUCCCUGUGGGAUUAAAAUUGGUGAUAUGGAUUCUCGGACCUUUAACCACACAGCAGCUCGUCCUUGUUUAGAUUGUUCAUUUAGUUUUCAGACAUCUGCAUCAUCAGCUCACCGAAGUGACAUGUGUAGGAGAAGUAAGGGACUGUCUUGCUCCACCACUGCUGUCCUCCAUGUUUUUACACACACUCUCAUGGAGAAGGAAUGAAUGUGUGUGUGUCUGUGUGACCUCAGCUCAUCAUCACUUAAUUCUAGCUUCAUUUACUGUAGAAACAACGUGGAAGGAACGAGCAACAUCAAUAAAGUUUUUCUGUAUUUCAAAUUC